AUGACCAAAACGACGGAGGGCUACGGCUGCCAGCGCGAAGUUUACCAUCCAUAUUCGAAGCUUUCUGAGCCCGGCGCCGUGUUGUUUUACGAGUCUUCGGACGAGGAGGAUGAGAUCGGGAAGGUCGGGAGCGUAUCGCUGGUGUCUAUUGAGAUUAAAUCUUCCCCCAAAGCUUCCCCCAAAGCUUCUCCCAAAGCUAGCCCCAGAAUCACCAUUCGGGAUGCCAUCGUCCUACGGGGAGAAGACACGACUGAAAUUAAGGUUCGAUCAUCACCCGGGAAAACAGCCGUAUUAGAUGCUGGUGAUACUAGUAUGGAAGACAUAGCCUUGGAGAGCGAAGAGAAGACGGCGGAAGUAGAAAUGCCUGCCGGCAACGAGGAUAUUGUGAUGCUAGAUGCGAUCUCAACUGCAUCUCCAAGCAAGCCCGGUACCGUUGCAUCUCCCAGCCGAACCAUUCAUAGUCCUGCAGCGCAACCUUCCACUCCCCCGCGGCCAAAGCGAACACCGUUCGACGUAUUAACUCCCGAGAAUACGUUUGGCGCCUCCUCUCCCUUCAAAACAGGAUCCUCUGGCGCCGCUGGAAUAUCGUUCAGCAAGACGAGUCCCAAGACUAAGGAGAACUAUGAAGUCCCCGGAGGGUUUAACGAUGAUCUUGCAUCCGAGGUCUCGCAAGGUACUAGCAUUAUAUUUAGUGAUACCCAGGGCUUCUUCGCCUCGUUGUUUUUUACGAGCUGGAAGACAAAUGGGAUCACAUACAUGUACAACUAUGCGAGGGGUAAAAUCAUUGUAAUCUGGAGUCCUAUGGUUGUCUAUUUGUAA